UUGAGGUAGACACCGCUCGCGCGCGAAAUCAGUCUGCGCCGGUGCAGCGUUCUUAUCCAAGCUCGUCAGCUUGACGUUAGUGAAGGGAACCUCCCGCCCCGGCUUCUGCUCUUGUCAGAUCGCGCCCCUGCCUCUGCCGCACACCUUGCCAUGGAUUGCCGGCAGCGCAGUUCUCACAGUGCCGGGACGAGCCCUGGGAAUAGCUGCUGGCAGGGCAACAGCAGCACACAUUCUCCAUCCCGGUGGUCUCUUGGCCGAAAACGAAGAUUGGAUGGAAGGCACAGAAAACCGGAAGAUACUGAUUCAUCUCUGUUGGUGGAAGAUGAGAUCAAAUCUAAACACUCAGAAGAAAAUGAAUGUCGGAAUUCAGACAACAGGCUUGAGAGUUUUACAACACCAGAAGGUCCAAAACCCCGUUCAAGAUGUACAGACUGGGGAAGUGUAGUUGAAGAGGAUGAAAUGAGAACCAAAGUGAAUAAAGAAAUUGCAAGAUACAAAAGAAAACUUCUCAUAAAUGAAUUUGGAAGAGAAAGAAAGUCAUCUUCUGGAAGUUCUGAUUCAAAAGAAUCGACAUCUGCAGCACCAGCAGAACUAGAAACAGAUGAAAAUGUUCUGAUGAGGAGACAAAAACAGAUCAAUUAUGGAAAGAAUACCAUUGCCUAUGAUCGCUAUAUUAAAGAAGUUCCAAGGCAUCUUAGACAGCCUGGAAUUCAUCCCAAGACUCCAAACAAAUUUAAGAAGUACAGUAGGCGAUCGUGGGACCAGCAAAUCAAACUGUGGAAGGUUGCUUUACAUUUUUGGGAUCCUCCAGCUGAGGAAGACUGUAACUUACAAGAAAUCACUCCAGUAGAUAUUGGUGAAAUGGAGACUGAAUCUGCCGAAAGUAGCUCUGAGUCACAAACAAGCUCUCAGGAUAACUUUGAUAUGUACUCUGGCACGCCCACAAAAGUUAGACAUGUUGAUUACCAAGCAGGAGAUGAAUUUGACUUGGAGGCUUGUUUGACUGAACCACUGAAAGAAUUCCCAUCUGUGAGCUAAGGGUGCCACCUGGAGGCUGUUUUGAGGAAACGAAUUUUAUUCUAAAAUAGAUGACAUUGUUUAGGUGAAAAUAAUUUUGGUGAAAUGUUGGCCAAACUAUGUUGUGCAUUGAUAACUGGGUGUUUCUCUCCUGUUCAUAGUUUGUUGUUUCAUGAUAUUGCUAUUCUUGCUGCAUUUCUUAUUUUUACAUAAUUUUUUGUAUAUUGGAUGGGUUUGCAAGUGUUAAAUUAUAAAUUGUAACAACCCAAGAAAAGUGACAUUGAAACAAUUUAAUUGUUCCAUAGGUUUCUCUUUACGUUAACUUGGCUGACACGAGUGGCUUUUUCAAGGUAUAAAGUGUCACGUUGGUCUCUUGGCUUUAUCAUACAGUUAGAACAAGGAGCCAGCAUUUCUUUGUGUCUUGUCAGUGUACUUUGAAUUGAAUGACUCCAUGUUCCUUACAAACUCAACUGGGGGGGGGGGGCAGCUAGAUGGCGCAGUGGUUAAAGCGCUGGCCCUGGAGUCAGGAGUACCUGAGUUCAAAGCCAGCCUCAGACACUUAACACUUACUAGCUGUGUGACCCUGGGCAAGUCACUUAACCCCCAUUGCCCUGCCAAAAAAAAAAAUCCCAAAAAACAAACUCAACUCUUGGCAUCUUUUCAAGGUACCAUGUGUAUUAAAGCUUUUCGUUUCAUCCAGAGCACUGGAAGGUCACCAUAGAUGUGGUGAAUUAUUUGAAUACUGAGCUUGAAGAUUGCCACAUUCUUAGUUUGGUACUUGUAAAUAGUCUGUGAUAGACAGCUCUUCUUGUGAUGUUUGAAGAAGAGUUAAAGGAAUUCGAAGUAUGUAGGGAAAAGCAUUUUUAAGAUGCAGCCAAUUAAUAAGCCAUGUAAAAUUGUAAAUGAUAACAUUGUACAGAUUUUCUGUUCAAAUAUUCAAUUGUAAACUUAAUACAGUUAAUGUUUUAAUUGCUUUUGUAUGGAAUGUUCUUGCAAAAAAAAUAAAAGGAAAAGAAUAUGGUGUAUCAGA